AUGGAGCGACUCCUUUCUUCCCAGUGCGGCAGGCUGUUUCAGGGCCCUUUAUUCCCGAGGGAGUUCCGCUCUAUGGCCGGAUGCUUUACCAGGCUAUACUCUGGGCAGGGAGGCCGGUGGCCACCGAGCUCAAGCAAAUCUCAUUCCAGACCUCCAUUUGCCCCAAGUCGGCUGGACUCGGGCUUCCUGCCCACUUCGGCUCCCCGACUCCUCAAGAGCCGUCACGCGGUGGCUCAUCCCCCACGUCGCUGGGCCUCAGACGCCUCCUUUAACUUGCCUCCCAGUUCUGAAUUUGUGGCCCGGCCCGUUGGGAUCUGCUCCAUGAUGAGACUGCCCACCCAGAGCUCACCUGAGGGCCUGGAUGCAGCUUUUGUGGGCGUACCGCUGGACAUUGGCACCUCUAACCGCCCUGGGGCCAGGUUUGGACCUCGCCGCAUCCGGGAAGAGUCAGUAAUGUUGCGGAGGAUGAAUCCAAGCACCGGGGCCCUUCCUUUCCAGUCCCUCAUGGUAGCAGACCUAGGGGAUGUGAACGUCAACCUUUACAACCUCCAAGACAGCUGUCGGCAGAUCCGAGAAGCUUACCAGAAAAUCGUAGCGGCCCACUGUAUUCCUCUCACCCUGGGUGGAGAUCACACAAUCACGUACCCCAUCCUGCAAGCAGUGGCAGAAAAAUACGGGCCAGUAGGGAUAGUGCACGUGGAUGCCCACACGGACACGGCUGACCAAGCCUUGGGAGAGAAGCUGUACCACGGGACUCCCUUUCGCCGGUGCGUGGAUGAAGGAAUCCUGGACUGCAAACGAGUGGUGCAGAUUGGCAUUCGAGGUUCUUCCAAUACCGUGGACCCUUACAAAUACAACAGAGACCAGGGUUUCCGGGUUGUCCUGGCUGAAGAUUGCUGGCUCAAGUCAUUGGUCCCGCUGAUGGGAGAAGUCAGGAAACAGUUGGGGAACAAACCCAUUUACAUCAGCUUUGAUAUAGAUUCCCUGGAUCCUGCCUAUGCUCCGGGCACUGGGACACCUGAGAUUGCAGGUCUCACACCCAGUCAGGCUUUGGAGAUCAUCCGUGGAUGUCAAGGGCUGAACAUAGUUGGAUGUGACCUUGUUGAAGUUGCACCAAUGUACGAUAGCUCUGGAAACACAGCGCUCUUAGCAGCCAACCUGCUGUUUGAGAUGCUGUGCGCCCUCCCUCAAGUGAAAAUCGUCUGAGUUGUUUCCAGGCUUCCAGCUGGUCAAAACGAAAUUUGCCUAAACUUGCAGGCUGCUCCCAAGACAUCCUACAAGAACAGAAGAAUUUUUUUUUUAAAUGAAGAGUUUAAGAAACAAGCAGCUUCACUUGGCUCUCAGGAAUCAGACUUUGUUUUUAACUCUUGUACCUGUAGUGCUUUCAGCUUAAAAUGCCUUAGGUUUUGGACUUCUGGAUAAGGAAAAAAGCCCAAAGUGUCAGACAAACAGAGAGCAAACAGGUUUUCACACGGCAGAACUUCUUAUACACAGGGAAUGGGAUAAAAUUCACUACAGCACUGAUUGAUUAUUCACUAAACCAUGUGAUAAAAAAAAUCUAUGCCCCACCCUCUAGACAGCAAGCUAAUUGUGGGCAGGGAACAUCUACCAACUCUGUCAUAUUGCCCUCUCCCUGGUAUUUAGUAAAGUGCUCCCUACACAAGCACUCAAUAAAUACCACUGAUUGACUCUUUAACUCACUCCACAACCACAGCAGGAUCCUAAACUUUGAAAGGCUCCUUUUCCAAAAAAAA